CCUGACUGGGCAGAGCAGAGGCGGGAGGAGCCGGGGCCCCAGAGGCGGCGGUCUAGUCAGGAUCUGAGAAGCCCCCGCCUCCCUCUGGUCUCGGAGGCCACGGCGUCGCGGGGAACUAGGCUCGGGCGGCGGCGGUUGCGCUGCGGGAGCACUACAGGGAGCGAGCCAUGAGGGCCGACCCGGGGCUUCGACUGGAGGACCACCCGCGUCCUCCACGAGCCCUUCCACCUGUGCCAAGUUCUAUUCAAGAUGAUAUUCCACUUAGUCGUCCUAAAAAAAAGAAGUCCAGAACAAAAACCACGCUAGCAAGUGCUUCUUUGGAAGGCCUUGUUCAGACUGCUGUUCAUAGGCCAUCUGAAGGCAGUGAGCCACCAACUAAAGAACCCAUAGAGGAGCCAGAAGCUCCUGUUCAAAGGAGACAGAAGAAGACAAGGCUCCCUCUUGAAUUGGAUACUGCCUUCACCCAGAAGACAUCUAGUCCAUCUUUAUUACGAAAUGAAAAUGGUAUCGAUGUGGAGCCAGCUGAGGAGCCAGUUGUUCAGAAACCACGAAGGAAGACAAAGAAAACCCAGCCAGCAGAAUUGCAGUAUGACAAUGAGUUAGGAGUGGAAGAUGAAGACAUCAUUACUGAUCAGCAAAGUAGUCCAAAACAGAAGUCAGUAUUCACUGCACCCACUGGCAUUAGCCAGCCCGUAGACAAAGUGUUUGUGGAAAAAAGCAGGCGAUUUCAGGCCACCGAUCGUUCAGAGUUGAUAAAGACCACAGAAAAUGUAGAUGUGUCGAUGGACAUGAAGCUUUCCUGGACCACCAGAGAUGUUGCCCUUUCAGUGCACCGGGCUUUCAGGAUGGUUGGUCUCUUUUCUCAUGGCUUCUUGGCAGGCUGUGCUGUGUGGAAUAUUGUUGUGAUAUAUGUUCUAGCAGGAGAUCAGCUUUCUAACCUCUCGAACCUUUUGCAACAAUACAAGACUUUAGCAUAUCCUUUCCAGAGUCUUCUCUACUUGCUCUUGGCUCUCAGUACAAUUUCAGCUUUUGACAGGAUUGACUUUGCUAAAACAUCAGUAGCAAUCCGAAAUUUUCUUGCCUUGGAUCCAACAGCUUUAGCAUCUUUCUUGUACUUUACUGCUCUUAUACUAUCUCUGAGUCAGCAAAUGACAAGUGACAGAAUCUACCUUUACACACCUCCUUCUGUUAAUGGCAGCCUCUGGAACAAUGAAGCCCUUCUGGUUGGAUUAUCUUGGAUUUUUUUGUCUUAUAGGCCAGGCAUGGAUCUUAGUGAAGAGUUGCUGUUCUCCUCUGAUGUGGAAGAAUACCCUGAUAAAGAUAAAGGACUCAAAGCCUCUUCAUAAUGCCAACUCACUUACAGAGGAAUAAUAACCCAGUAUUUAGAA